AUGUUGACCGUUGAGACGCAGUGGGUCAAUGUCCAACAGAAAACCUUCACCAAAUGGCUGAAUGACAAGAUCAAAGUCCGCAACCUCUACAUUGAAGAUCUCGUCACCGAUCUCUCCAACGGAGUCAUCCUCAUCCAUCUCCUGGAAAUCCUCGGCCGCGAAACCCUCGGACGGUACGCCAAAGACCCCCGACUGCGCGUGCAGAAAUUCGAGAAUGUCAACAAAUCGCUCGACUUCAUCCGAGACCGCAAGAUCCAGACCAUCAACAUCGGAGCGGAGGACAUCGUGGACGGGAACCGCAAGAUCAUCCUCGGGUUAAUAUGGACGCUCAUCUCGCGCUUCACCAUCACCGACAUCAACGAGGAGGGCAUGACCGCCAAGGAGGGACUGCUGUUGUGGUGUCAGCGAAAGACCGCCCUGUACCCGGGCGUCGAGGUGCGCGACUUCUCCACGAGCUGGAACGACGGCCUGGCCUUCUGCGCGCUCCUCGACAACCAUCGCCCGGACCUGAUCGACUUUGACGCCCUCGACAAGAAGGAUCACCGCGGGAACAUGAAACUGGCUUUUGAUCUCGCGAGCAACGAAAUCGGUAUCCCGGAUUUGCUCGACGUCGACGAUGUCUGUGAUGUGGCGCGCCCCGACGAACGAUCGCUCAUGACCUACAUCGCCUACUGGUUCCAUGCAUUUUCGCAGCUGGAGAGAGUCGAGAAUGCUGGUCGCCGCGUGGAAAAAUUCAUUAACAAUAUGCAUGGCGCGUGGGAGAUGCAGAACUCGUACGAGCGUCGCAUGAAGGAGCUCCUGCGCCUCAUCCGCGAGCAGCGCGAGCAAUGGAAGAAUUCUUCGUUCGAGGGCACGUACAAGGAUGCUAAGGAACAGGCGUUCCAGUUUUCCCAGUACAAACGCAACCAGAAACGCCAGUGGGUGGCUGAGAAAUCCGAUCUAGCCGCCCUUCUCGGAAACAUCAAGACCAAGCUUAGUACCUACCGGCUUCGUCCGUACGAUCCGCCGGCGGAACUACGAUUGGAGGUGUGCGAUCAGGAAUGGGAAUUUCUCACGCGCGACGAGCACGAGCGCAGUCAGCUUAUCAACGAGACCAUUCGGGAUAUCAAGAAUGCCCUCCGUCGGUCAUUCGCCGACAAAGCGAAUGAUUUUGCCCUCACACUCAAGACCCUCUCCCUCGCGAUAUCUGGACUCGACGGCGAGGUUGAGGAUCAACUCGCGCAUGUGAAGAGGCUGAACGAUAACCUUCCUCCGCUGGACGCAUUUUUGGACACCAUCGCGGCCAUUGACGAACAGUGUGUUGAGGCGAACAUCGAAGAGAACGACUACACGACCUACACGCUCGACGAGCUUUCAUAUGAACUUUCUUUGGUCAAGUCUAGCAUCUCGAAGAAGCUGGCCUUCUUGGAAAACCAACUGGUGGCCCGAAACAUGACAAACCUGACCCCGAUCCAACUGGAAGAGUUCGAGUCCGUCUUCCGGCAUUUUGACCGCGACGCAUCCAACACGCUUCAAGAGCUGGAGUUCUCUGCGGCCCUCGCGAGUCUGGGUCUGGUGUACGACGAGGAUGAGAUGCAUCAGGUAUACAUUGAGACGUGCGGUCCACAACGACUGGCGCAAAAUGCGGGUGUCAGUUUUGAACAGUUCAUCCAGUUCAUGGUCAGCGUCACCGAAGACCAGAACACCGCCGAACAAGUCCUGCAGAGUUUCCAUGAGGUUGCGGAUGGAAAGCCGUAUGUCACGGAAAUGGACCUCCGACUGUCCCUUAUACCGGAGGAACUUAUCGAGCACCUUACGCAGACGAUGCCCAAGCACCAAGGACCGGUCAAGUCGCAGGAUCGGGAUGUCCCGCAGUACGACUACAUCAGUUUUAUGGGCAAGAUGAUGGCGGACGAGGAUUCAGACGAUGCAUCUACUAAUGGACAGGGACAGUAA